CCCCUAUGUGGAGUAGGGCCCACCCUCUCCGCUUUUCAGUUUCCCAGGACGGCGCGGAGCGUCCGUUACUCGAACGUGCCUCAGCGGCGGAAAGAUGGCGGAGUCCGGCGGCGGCGGUGGUGCCAGUGGCGGCGGCUUCGGCGGGGGCCCGGGCCCCGAGCGCCCGAGCAGCAUGUCAGACAAGAACGGAGCCCUGAGGUGCACCUUCUCAGCACCUGGCCACAGUGCCAGCCUCCUGCAGGGCCAUGCUGCCCUCCGCGCCCAGGGCCAGCUCCUGGAUGUGGUGCUCACCGUCAACGGAGAGACCUUCCAUGCGCACAGAGUGGUCCUGGCUGCCUGCAGUGACUACUUCAGGGUCAUGUUCACUGGUGGCAUGAGAGAGGCGAGCCAGGACGUCAUUGAGCUGAAGGGUGUGUCAGCUCGCGGCCUGCGGCACGUUGUUGAUUUUGCCUACAGCAGUGAGGUGACCCUGGACCUGGACUGUGUGCAGGACGUGCUGGGUGCAGCGGUGUUCUUGCAGAUGCUGCCAGUGGUGGAGCUGUGUGAGGAAUUCCUCAAGGGUGCCAUGAGUGUGGAGACCUGUCUCAACAUCGGCCACAUGGCCACCACCUUCAGCCUGGCUUCACUCAAGGAGUCAGUGGACACCUUCACCUUCCGGCACUUCCUGCAAAUCGCUGAGGAGGAGGACUUCCUGCACCUGCCGCUGGAGCGUCUUGUUUUCUUCCUGCAGAGCAACCGGCUGCAGAGCUGUGCUGAAAUUGACCUGUUCCGGGCUGCGGUCCGCUGGCUACAGCAUGACCCGGCCCGGCGGCUACGAGCCAGCCACGUGCUGUGCCACAUCCGCUUCCCGCUCAUGCAGUCAUCGGACCUGGUAGACAGUGUGCAGACGCUGGACAUCAUGGUGGAGGACAUGCUGUGCCGCCAGUACCUGCUGGAGGCCUUCAACUACCAGGUGCUGCCCUUUCGACAGCAUGAGAUGCAGUCGUCACGCACGGUUGUGCGCUCGGAUGUGCCCUCCCUGGUGGCCUUCGGUGGCACACCCUACACUGACAGCGACCGCUUUGUCAGCAGCAAGGUGUACCAGCUGCCUGAGCCAGGUGCCCGCCAUUUCCGUGAGCUCACAGAGAUGGAGGUAGGCUGCAGCCACACAUGUGUGGCUGUGCUGGAUAACUUUGUGUACAUGGUGGGGGGCCAGCACCUGCAGUACCGUAGUGGCGAGGGCGCAGUGGAUGCCUGCUACCGCUACGACCCCCACCUGAAUCGCUGGCUGCGGCUGCAGGCCAUGCAGGAGAGCCGUAUCCAGUUCCAGCUGAAUGUGCUGUACGGCAUGGUGUAUGCCACUGGCGGCCGCAACCGGGCCGGCAGCCUGGCCUCAGUAGAGAGGUACUGCCCGCGGCGCAACAAGUGGGGCUACGUCCGCUCGCUGACGCGCCGCACCUGGGGCCACGCAGGGGCCUCAGCUGGGGGCUACCUCUACAUCUCAGGUGGCUACGGCAUCUCGGUGGAGGACAAGAAGGCACUGCAUUGCUACGACCCUGUAGCUGACCAGUGGGAGUUCAAGGCGCCCAUGAGCAAGCCCCGCGUGCUCCAUGCCAUGGUGAGCGCUGGUGGCCGCAUCUAUGCCCUCGGUGGCCGCAUGGACCACGUGGACCACUGCUUCGAUGUGCUUGCUGUGGAGUACUACGUGCCUGAGACGGACCAGUGGACCAGCGUGAGUCCCAUGCGGGCUGGCCAGUCGGAGGCUGGCUGCUGCCUGCUUGACAGGAAGAUCUACAUCGUCGGUGGCUACAACUGGCGCCUCAACAAUGUGACAAGCGUCGUGCAGGUGUACAACACCGAGACUGAUGAGUGGGAGCGUGACCUGCACUUCCCGGAGUCCUUCGCGGGCAUCGCCUGUGCCCCUGUCCUGCUGCCCGGAGCUGGGACCAGGAGGUAGCGCCUAGGUUUGGCUAGACCCGGCCACGUGGUUUGGCGAGUGCACCUCUGGGUUGAGAACUGUGGAAGUGUCCCUGCCCCCUGGGCUGGCCCAUUCCCCAGUCUGUCCCUUCCCAAAGCAUAUCCUUGUCCCUCGGCUGCCCACCAGGGAGCCUGCUAGCAAGGAGGCCGACCUGUGGCAGGGGCAGCAGCAAACGCUUGCCUGAAGAGGUUUCCUCACCUGCCCUUCAUCGUUGCUCUUGGGCAGGCAUGUCUCCUUUGGGGUGUCCCCUUGUGCUCUGCCCUGCUUCUCUCCCUUCCCCCAACCCAGCCCUUUCAGACAUUCAGGCACAAGCUCAUCAACGUGGGCCUCCAAUCCAUGGUUCACAGUGUGGCCUCCUCAAGUGUCUUGAGCUUGCAUGCUUUUUAAAAAAAAUUGCACCCCAAAUCUCUGUCAUGUCUGGGCCUCCAGAGCAGGAGUGGCGGCUCCAAAGAGCCUGGCUCUGGGUGACCGAGGAGGGCACAUUUCCAGCUCCCCAACAAGCCCAAGCUGCUGGAGCAGGCAGUGGCCUCACAGGAGGGUCCCGUCCUGUCCGCCUUCCUGUCCCCAGUCCCCGCACCAUCAGGGCACGUGCUUACCCACUUUCAGGAGGAAAAAACAAAGCCAGACCCCGAAGCUGGUCCCUCUGGGCACUGGGCCUUGCAUCUGGCCCUGGGUGUCUUGGGGGCCUUCCUGAGGUCUGCUCGAGGAUGUCCUCCUGUCCCUGUUUCCAUCGACAGGGGAAGGGAGGGGGUGCCUGCUCCAGAAACAUACAGUCUGUCCUCGGUCCACAGGUCAAGUGACUUUAUUUCUCUCCCUCUUUCCAACCUCCACUUCUCUUGGUCCCAAGUUGGGGUUGACACACCACCCAGCCUGUGCCCACCCAGUGCAGGAGGUCAGGCUGGUGGCGAGGCCUCUCCCUUCAGGGGCUUCGAGGCAUCUCCAGCCAUGUUUGUUUUGGUGUCUAAAUCUCUAAAACUUUUUUUUUUUCCUUUGGUGUGUGUCUGUUUUGCUUUUUCUCUAAGAGGCCAGCACCACUAUCUUAUAAAAGGGAUUUUGUACCUUGGGGGCAAUUUAAAGUGUCCCUUUUGCUGCUAAGGGACGAUUGAUGUUGUGUCUGUGUGACACCCUCGCUGUGUAAAGAAUUGACCUCUUAGCUUAGCAGAUGUUGUCUCCUAAUAUUUUUAUUUAUUUAAUAAAUCUGUUUUAUUAUUUAUUUAAUAAAAAUAUUAU